AUGCCAAGAAAAAAUGUAGAUUGCGACCAAUGUCAAAAACAAAUUAGAGGCGAAGAAAUAGCUUACUUUAGUGAUCUUGAAAAUGAUUUAGAUUUUUGUUCGGAAGAAUGGUUUACUCCCGAGGAAUGCAAAAAAUGGCUAGAAGUUGGCUUGGAAUCAAAAGAAUUUUAUUUAACAACUUAUUUGAAGAAGAAAGAUAAAAACUACCCAAUAGAAGAAAGGGGAAAAAUUGAGGAAAUUCACCUCACUGAACCUAGUUUAGAAGGUGAAUUAGAUCUAGGGAAAAGACAGAAGAGUUUAGUACUGGAAAUUGAAAUAAAAAAGGCAAUGUUCUCACAUGGAGAAGUCCUUGAUCUAACUAAUUGUGAGCAGUUAGAUAAAAUUGAAUGUCACGAUAACCAACUUAUUAAUUUAUCUUUACCUAAGAAUUGCCCUAACCUUACUGAAUUAGAUAUCAGAAAUAAUAAUCUCUUUGGUUCUGACUUAUCUAUUUUUUCUCCUUUUGCUAAUUUAGAAGUUUUAAAAAUAGGCACGGGUGUUAAAGAAUAUAAGUGGAAGAGUGAAUACGAACACUUUGAACCUCAUAAGACUUUAAUUAAAAAUAGAAAAAAAGAGGUAGAGCAAGGGACAAAACAAGGUAUAUGUAAUCAUUUUUAUGGUAGUUUAGAACCCUUAAAAAAUUUGUCUAAAUUACGGGAACUAGACAUUAGAAACACUGAUAUAAAUAGUGGUUGGGAAUAUUUGCCUACUACCUGGAUAGAUUUUGGUCUAUCACUUAAUGAUUGUGGAUUUGCUGUCUAUCUGGCCAAACAAGGCUACACUCCUCAAUCAAGUUUCAAUUUAGAAGAAUUAAAGGAAAGUUAUUAUAACAAAAAAAGAAGCGAAGUAGAAAAAAUUUACCUUAAUGAAGCUGACUUAGAAGGAGAGUUAGACUUAGAGGAUUUCACUUAUAGACAAGAAAAACAAGCCGAAUAUAACGCAAAAGAACAAAGAGAAAAAAUCGAGGAGUUGAAUAUCAGCAAUCAAAAUCUAGAAGGAAAACUAGUCCUAAACAAUUUUUCCGAUUUAAAAAAAUUGAAUUGCUCACAAAACCAACUAACCAACUUAGAUUUAACUAGUUGUGAGAAGUUAGAGGAAAUUGGGUGUUAUAGCAAUUCAUUAAUUAAUAUUAUUCUUCCUACUAAUCACACUAAUCUAAAAAAAUUAGAUUUGAAUAGCAACAAUUUUCCUAACCAAGAUUUAUCUUUUUUAGUUCCCUACUCUAAUUUAGAAGAACUCGAAUUGAGAAAUAAUAAUUUCACUGGUUCACUCGAUUGUCUAAGCAAUAUGAGGCAACUAAAAAGACUCUACAUUAGUAAUACUGAUCUAAACGAAAUAAAUAUAAAUAAAUUACCUAGUAGUUUGGAAUGA